AGUCCCGUACUGUCCGCCUCGGUUAAUAGGAUUAUAGGUGGCGAAGAAACGGCACCCCAUGAGCUGCCUUAUCAGGUGUCACUGCAGUGGAAUUAUAACAAUGCUUCCAUCACACCGAUGCACUUUUGCGGUGGCGCUUUACUGACCGAGACUUGGCUGUUGACGGCGGCGCAUUGUAAAACUUCCUACACUCCAGAUGGAUUUACAGAGGUAGUGGCCGGGGCACACAACGUCUUAGAUCGCGAGGAGGACAAUCAGCGACGAAAGAUGGAGCUUAUAAUCGUACACGAACAGUACUGUGGGACCGUUUGUCCGUACGAUAUUGCACUGAUUCGCGUUGCCCAUCCGUUUGUACUGACAGAUCAUGUAAAACCGAUCCGAUUGCCAACGAUAAAUGAAUCAUUUCACGGAAGUGGCCUGGUUAGUGGUUGGGGAGCUGUUACACCGGCCAUCAUUCCGGAGUAUCCCGAUACACUGCGAAAAGUGGUUUUGCCGCUAGUGGACUACGACGAUUGCCGACAACUGUGGUACGAUGUGAGUCAUCUCGCCGAAACGAACGUGUGUGCUGGACCGGAGGAUGGAUCCAAAGCAUCCUGCUCGGCCGACUCCGGUGGACCGUUAGUCACGAUGAACGGAACGCGCGUGAGUGAAGAACCCGUUCUAAUAGGACUAGUUUCGUGGGGACCCUUUCCCUGUGCGUCUCCCUGGCGACCAAACAUCUUUACCGGUGUCGCCUACUUUGUCGACUGGAUUGAGCAGCAUAUAAAGUAAACGGGUCAAUAAAA